CAGGGACAAUUUCGGAACUAUAAAAAUUAUUCCAUCUUCUUCUUCUCCCAAUAACGACUCUGCUCCCCUGACUUUUUCCAUUUUGCCCCUCAACUUUUCCCUAAAUUUCGAUCGAGCCCCUCCUCCUCGUCCUCUCGCCGGAGAAAAUGGAGUCGUCGCCGAUCUACCGGCUUCCUCAGGACACGCUCCACCAGAUCUUCUCGUCUCUGCGUCUCCGCGAGAUCGUGAUCUGCCGAUCUGUAUGUAAGUUCUUCAACCAGCUAUUGACCUCGCCGUGUUUUAUGGAGAUAAUCUCCUCUCGACCGCCGUUGAAUCUCCUCGCUCUCCGUCCACCGCAUCACCACCACCACCACCAUGGUCACAGCCACCGUCGCGACGGACAAUCGGCGAAUCUCCGGCCGUUCAUCCACAUCUACGAUCCGGAGCAGGACGAGUGGUUCAGAUUUAGCCUCGAUUUCCUCCCUUUCCGAUCUCCGCAGCCUGUCGCGUCUUCCGGCGGGUUGAUUUACCUCUGGGCUGACUCUCUUGACUCGUCCGAGUCCAGCAAGUCGCUCGUCGCAUGCAACCCGCUGACUCGCCAGUUCAAGGUGCUGCCGCAGCUCGGCUCGGCGUGGUCGAGGCAUGGCUCCGUCCUGGUUGACUCGGUUAACCGAGUCAUGGUGCUAACCGAGCUCGCCGCGCUGUAUUACUCAGGUACGAUCGUCGCUGACCAGUGGAUGAAGUUCUCUUCGAAUUUGCCGUCGAAACCUAGGAGCCCUGUGUUAUUGUCGAACUCGGUCUUUGCCUUAUGCGACGUGGGGUCGCCAUGGAGAAGUCAGUGGAAGCUUUUCUCGUGUAAAUUGACAAACCUUACAGUAACUCACACCAACUGGGUAUGCUUAGAGAAGCAUGAAUGGGGUGACAUAUUAGACAUCAUAAAGCGACCUCGAUUGCUGCGUGGAAAUGGCGAUUCGAGAUUGCUGAUGAUCGGUGGGCUUAAGUCUACAUUCUCGUUGAACCCAGCUUGUUCAACGAUUCUGAUUCUGAGGCUGGAUUUAGACAAAUUGGAGUGGGAAGAGGCAGGAAGAAUGCCUAUCGAUAUGUACCGAUGUUUUCAAGAAUCGAGCAAGUUCAAAGUGUUUGGAGGUGGUGAUAGUGUUUACUUCUCUGCCAAAAGGAUGGGGAAAUUGGCGAUGUGGGAUUGCUUGGAAGGAUGGAGAUGGAUUGAUGGCGUCACUGGAUAUGCAGAUGGGUUGUGUCGUGGGUUUGUUCUCAAUGCCAAACUCACAUCGAUGCCAUGAAAGGUUCGUGCUUGCCCUUACUUCCCUCUCCUUCUGUUCCAAAUCCAAUUGUUUUCCUGUGAUUGUUCUGUCCUCCUUGUUGGUUUUGUGAACCAUUAUCGUCCGACGUGUUUGCUUCUUUAUGUUGCCUUCUUGUUUCAUCUUCAAUGCUGCUGUUGUAUCGGAACUUUGUUAAGAUUGUUAAUGCAAUGCUCUUAUAUCGCUUCUCCGA